AUGUGGCGCCCGAACUUCGUGAAGUUUGUGGCACCAACGUUCCUUUUCCUUUCCACUUUCGCACAGUCUCAGUCGAAUUCUCCUCUCUGGCCCGCAACCUUUCCUCUCGCCGUUCGCUCGCCUUAUCUUAGCUGUUGGGAAACUGCGACGGGUAGUGGAGCUCUCCCAUUGAACAACUGGCCUGAUUUCUGGCCCGCAAGUGGACAAAUCCUAGGCUGGGCUGGUUAUGUGAGAGUCGAUGAGGUGGCAUAUCGGUGGCUAGGCGACUUCCCGUUGACCGCCACAAAUAGCACAAAUAUUAAUUCCGUCACUAUUACUCCUACACGAACAACUUUCACGAUACCCGCUGGUCCUAUGUCUCUCAACAUCACAUUUCUUAGCCCAAUAGAGCCCAAUGACUGGGUAAGGCAAUCCAUUCCCUUUUCUUAUCUCUACCUGGAGGCGUCAUCAACGGAUGGAGCGGAGCACAGCUUGCAGGUGUACUCCGAUAUUUCUGCAGAGUGGAAUUCUGGCAAACGCGAUGAUGCUGUGACUUGGAGCACGAAGGUUGAUUCCAAUGCGCUCUACCACAAAAUCACCCUCCAGUCUCAGGAGACCUUCACCGAAACAACUGAUCAAGCGGAGUGGGGUACGAUGUACUACGCGGCAAAUGAGAGUACUGGUGUUACAUGGCAGUCUGACUCGGACGCGAACUCGCGAGGAAGGUUUGUCCAGCAGGGCAACCUCGCGGACACGGCGGAUACCGCCUUCCGUGCGAUUAACAGUAAAUUUCCAGUAUACGGGAUAGCUCAGGACCUUGGAACCAUAUCUUCCACUUCGAAUCCGAUCGUGUGGGCGGUUGGUUACACUCGAGACCCAGCCAUCAGCUACACAGACUUGCACGGGGCACAGCAGUCUCGUAGUCUGUACUACAAAACUAAUUUCACCGAUGACGAUAGCCUGAUCAACUUCGUCCUCAGCGACUUUGGUGCUGCCAGGACCCGAGCUGAAGCCCUCGACAACAAGAUCCUUGGUGACGCUGGGAAGAUAUCCUCAGACUACGCCGACCUUGUUUCGAUAGCUGCACGUCAAGUCCUCGGUGGAAUCGAGCUGACAAUCUCCGAAGGCUCUGAUGGUAAAUUCAACACGACGGAUGCUAUGGCGUUCAUGAAAAAUAUCGGCGGCCUGAGUGACAGGCGGGUGAACGCCGUGGAGACGCUGUUCGCUGCAUUCCCAAUGCUCUUGUACAUCGAUGCCACGAUAUGUGGUCUCCUAUUGGAACCACUGCUCAGGUUCCAAAAUGAUGCCGCGUAUACCAAUCAAUUCGCCUCAUCAGACAUAGGUUCCAAUUAUCCUGUCGCAAACGGUAGCACGCAGGGCAGCUUAGCAGAAGAAGGAUUAGAACAGUCGGCCAAUAUGGUUAUCAUGGCGUAUGCACAUGCGCGAUUCACUGGCAAUGGUAACCUCCUAAACUAUUAUUAUCCUCUCCUGAAGACAUGGGCGAACUACUGCACCAACAAUAGCUUGCAUACGACGCAGCAAACAUCCGCGGACUCGAAUAGCGAAAACAACCAGGUCAACCUCGCCGUGAAAGGCAUCAUAGCAAUCGAGGCGAUGUCCAAGAUUGCGUCCGUUGUUGGAAAUUCCGAUGACGCCUCUUCAUUCUCUAACACCGCAUCAAGCCUGUUCGCACAAUGGUCUUCUCUGGCGCUGUUCUCAAAUUUCAGCUUGAUGGCCACAUACGGGUCCUCUAACUCUUUCUCGCUCGGAUACAACCUUUACGCAGACCUUUUGCUCGGGACUGGACUCGUGAACUCAUCCAUCCUGAAUGGCCAGACGACCACCUAUCAAUCAUUGUUAUCUUCGGGAGGGAAUAAGUUUGGACUACCUAUUGAUAGUACGGACACGGGUCAUGCUUACUCCAGUUGGGAUCUUUGGGCUGCAGCCAUGGCUACUGACAACAAUGUCCGGAACGACAUCAUCUCGCUGGUCCGCGCUAGAGCUGCCUCGAAUAGCAGUGCAGGUGCCUUCCCGCUGGUUUACGAUGUAGGCACGGGGGGUGUAUCUUCUGGUGUUGCGAGUCCUGCGCAAGGCGCGAUAUUUGCGCCUCUCGCGCUUACCUUGAAUGCAUCCUCGACCAUCGCAGUCACAAAUGGCGGAUCAGGGUCUAGUCCUUCCUCCCCGAGCUCGCCCAGUACUUCACCGUCGUCGAAAGGCAGUAAUGCUGGAGCUAUUGCUGGUGGCGUCAUCGGUGGCCUGGCAGCUGCGGCUCUGAUAGGCUUCGGCACCUGGUUCCUCCACCGGCGACGUUCCCAGAAGACCUCCCAUCCGCUCGACAUGGACGAAGCCAGACCAGAGCCAUACGGCCACCACCCAACAUUACCAGGCUUCGUCCCUGUCCCGUCUGGGACGCCUUCCGACCGUCUGACCCAUCCGACUGUAGUAACUCACCAAGACGCAAAUGGGACCCGGGGCGAAACGCUCACGUCUCCGUCACAAUACACCCAACAGACAGAAUCAACGACACCGGGAGUCCUAUAUAAUCCCUAUGGGUCAAACACGACGUUGUCCGAUAAAGAGCUCGCGAGGUUGAGGGAGUUGAAUGCAAAUGCGCCGCCGGGGACGAUUUAUGCGCCUGCAUCGCGAGCAGCUGCAGCAGGACGUGCGGUUCGCCACCAUCGAGCCCCUGAGAGUAGUAGUGUGACUACGGACUCGCGGACUGGUACUGGAAGUGGGAGUGGUAGCGGCACCGCAAGUGGCAGCGGAAGUCGCUUCACGGACUCGAAUCCGACGAGAGAGACAGCCCCGGGGAACUUGAUUGGGGAGGUGGAGGCGUUGAGGAGAGAGAUGAAUCAGUUGAGGGCGGACAGGCAGACGUCGUAUGAGCCGCCGCCGAGUUAUGCGGGAUAUUAA